GUUCUUUCAUGAGGUGGAGGUUGAUGUUGAAGAGAACAUUGCUAGUAUUUUUUGGGCAGAUGGGAAGAUGAGGAUGGAUUAUCAUUAUUUUGGUGAUUCAAUUAGUUUUGAUACUACUUACUGGACUAACAAAGAGUAUCGGCCACUAGCUUUGUUUGUUGGUUUCAACAAUCAUCACCAACUGACUGUCUUUGCUGCUGCUCUUCUCUAUGAUGAAACAACGGCAACAUUUGAAUGGCUUUUCGAUCAGUUUUUGAAAUGCAUGGGAGGUGUGAGACCGUUAUCAAUGUUUACUGACCAGGCU